CACUCCCACACUCCACAGUGAGUAAUGUGUCAGUGUUCAUGUAGAGCAGGAGGAAGGUGAAGAUGACGUUCAAUGCAUUCAGUUGGAUCUCAAACUGUUCCACAUACUAUAGCCUUCACUUUGCAGAGUUGCCAUGGUGACGACCUAAUUGGGGGGAUGGAUUAUUGAGUUUCCUUCCUCGGCGUGCGGUUUGGGACGCAGCCGGGACGAGACGGGACGUUUCUGCUUCAUUCCUCAGAAACACACAUGUGACAGAGACAGGGGUCGUCCUCAUCACACACACUUCUGGGACUGUACACGAAACGGACAAAAACAAAUGAGCAUGUCCCGCUGGGAGCUGAUCGAGUUGCAGGACCUCUCCUCUGGGGACAGGAUCGAGUUAAUGCCCUCCGCCAGACUCAAGGGCCCCCAGAAGCCCCUGGAGUGUCCGAGCCCGUGGCACACGGUGCGUCUGGUCGGAGACACGGUGCAUUUUGAGGUUUCUCUCUGGGAGACGUUCAGACGGGGGGAAGGUCAUGAUUUCCAGGUCUGCAGUCACACACACCUGGCCUGGUGUGACCUGUGUGGAGAGUUCAUCUGGGGUGUGUACAGACGGAGCCUGCGCUGUGUCAACUGCAGGUACACGUGUCACUCUCGCUGUCGGCCCCUGGUACAGCUGGACUGUGAAGCUGUGCUCGGACACUCAGACGGCAGCGAGCACUUUGAAACGGACACGGACGUGGACACUGAGGUGGACUGGAGGAAACAGAAACAGCUCUCCAUCACUGAACUCCAACACAAAGUAAAAGAAUACAACGCUCAGAUCAACAGCAACCUCUACAUGAGUCUGAACAGGGAUGGCUCAUAUACAGGUUUCAUUAAGGUCCAGUUCCAGCUGGCUCGGCCCAUCUCGCUUCCUCCGGCUCAGAGACCGUCACCGUCUUCUUACUCCUCAUCUUCCUCUUCUUCUUCCUCUUUCUGCUCCUCCUUUUCCCCCUUGCCCUCGCACGGCCUCUGCACGUCGUUCUACCUGCCCCGAGACACGAUGAAGCAGCUGCAUGUCGGCUCGAACACUCGGGUUCGAGAGGUGAUCGAGGCUCUGCUCAACAAGUUCACAGUGGUGGACAAUCCGGCUAAAUUCGCUCUGUUCGAACGCAGCGAGAGGAUUGGUCAGGUGUAUAUGAGGAAGUUGUGUGAUGAUGAGCGUCCUCUCUUCCUGCGUCUGUGCGCGGGCCCCAGUGAGAACUCACUCAGCUUCAUACUCCGAGAAAACGAGACAGGAGAUGUGAACUGGGAUGCGUUCACUCUUCCUGAGCUCAGUAACUUCCUGCGGAUCCUGCAGCGGGAGGAGGAGGAACACGUCCGGCAGAUCGUGCAGCGUUACUCAGUGGCACGGGACAAACUGACGGAGGCGCUGGGGAGCUUCAGCUCGCCGGGCUGACAGGAGUGUGACGGAGUGAAGCUGGAUGUGACACACACUGCUGAGAACAUGCACACACACACACACACACCGCUGACUGGGCCAUCACUGUGAGAAAACAAAGGUGCAGCAGGGUCACAUAUACACACACAGCAUUGAGGAGGGUAACAGUGAGCAGAUGUAGCUUUAACAGAUUUAGCCAGGUCGAAUCCUAACGCCACUUCUCACUGGACAUAAAGACUUGCUCCACAGAGUGUGAUGAUGAAGUUAACCCUGUGUUCUUACCCCAUGUCCUGUGGACUGUGGACCCCUAAGCUCACACCCUGGGCUUCUGUGAGUUCAUUGAUGACAUAAUAUCUAUAAACAAGGCCUAAACAUUUAUGUAGCUCAACAGAUCACAUUUUGUUCCUCGGUCUAGUGUCCGCUCACUCGGCACACUUAGGCCCCGCCCUCUCAGAACUCACAGAAAGCUGGAAGAGAUGCAGAUGAUCAUGAAGUUUGGGUGAAUAUUUAAAAAUGGUGAAUGUUUUGAUAGUGUGUGAGACAGACUUACACUAACAAAGUAUCACACUGAUCCAGUAUCAUGUUAAAGAAGAACAUAUGAGCAGAAAUGAUUAUUGUCCUUUCAUUCUUCUUCUUCUUCUUCUUCUUUAUUUUUUAACCAAACUGUUCCUUGAAAUAACCAGUUAUACUUUGCACUGAAUGUCUGGGAACCUGAAAAUAUGUUUUCAGAAUUUGUUUCAUUGUGAAAAGAUUUAUUUAUUCUUCAGAUAAUUUUGUAAAAUUUCUGAUAAAUUGAACAACUGAUCACGCUGAAAGAAUAUGAAAAUGUGAAUUCAUUAAAUAUUUUGU